UUAUUUAUGCUGGGCAAGAAAAGCGACCAGUUUCCUUUGUUGUGGCCGUGACAUUUAUUGCGGGCCAAACGGAUAAAACUGGACCCGCAGACUCCAGAACCGAUCAGUCUGCCACAGGUGCUCCUCCGAUCAGACAACUCAUCAGAACAGGGCUUCAACAUGCAGCUGUUCGUCUAUUCCGCGUGCGUUCUUUUGCUCGUCCUGUCCGCGUCAGGACAGACGCCCCGUGCCUUCAAGUCUACACUCGGCAACAACUGCUACAUCAGAAACGUCCUGGCGCAUCCCAACGACUACCUCGAAUUCACUCCCGGACAAAGCAGGGCGGCCACGUCUUUGAAGAAGGGCGGCAUCAAGGAAAUCGACGAGUCCGGACAGUGGAAAAUUGAUAAGUGGGUUGUCAACGGCAGGACCUUCUUCGAGUUCAACAAUCGCAUGGACCAGAAGUACCUGAGCCACGGCACCAACUUCGCCACUGGCCAGGUCGGUCUCCUGGCCACCAGGGCCUCCUACCAAAACACGAAGGACUUGCGGAACCUGUGGGAAAUCAGCCCUCCGAAGACCAACGCGAUCGUCACCAUCAAACACGCGCGCACCGGCGGCUACCUGUUCGCACCCAAGGGCGACCUGAAGAAAAGGUUCGUCCAGUUGGGCAGCAGACCCAACUCCGGCACCGAGUACAAGUGGUUCAUCACUUGCAACUAAAAAUUCGCAUUUUUCACUUAUGCAUCUCUUAUGAAUUAUGGCCGUGUUGUAAUGUCCCAUUCAUAUGCACUUAUUCCAUUCUGGCCAUUCAUUCUUUCUGUAAUUUAUAGCUAAAGAAAUAUGAUCAUAUUUUGCGAGGAAAUAAACAAGUAACAAAUAACA